AUGAAAAUCACUUACCUUCUUACUACGAUACCUCCCUCCUUAUACAACGGAAGAGCGAUUCCGUACCAAGUCGCUUUCUCACACCUCGAUACCUUUCCUUUACAACGGAAGAGCGAUUCCGUACCAAGUCGCUUUCUUACACUUCGAUACCUUUACACCUUUCCACGGAAGAGCGAUUCCGUACCAAGUCGCUUUCUUAUACCACCGCUUUACCUCACCUACUACGGAAGAGUGAUUCCGAACCAAGUCACUUAUAUACAACCUAUCAACGCUGUAGAGCCACGCCAGCUACACACAGCAUACAAUACUACGCCUCAGCCCGGCAACAUGCAAUCAAUCGAUCCCCAAGGCGGAGAGAGUGGCAGACAAGGAGCUUCUGGAACGUCAGCAAAAGCUCAAACAACAGGGAUUCAAGCACCUCGAAUCUCUACGACGCGUGCGGAUCUUCUUUUUAGAUCACCGGCACAACCUCCCAAUCCAGGCACUCGGAAUACCCUCGAAGCACCAGACGGAGACGCGCUAGACCUCGAUAAUUACGCGUCGGACCUCGGUUUUGACCUCGAUUCACUACCGUAUUCGAAGCCAGAAAGUCAUACAAAAGCAAGGUUAAUUAUCGAGGACUUCCUGGAUAUAAAGACCUCAAUCGUUCAAAUAGAGAAAGAGCACCAAUGGACCUGGAAAGAACAGCGAGAGCAAUCAAUCGAGGGAUUUGAUUCUAAGUGGAACGAUAUUACAAUCGCCCGCUUAAAUCGACAAACUAAGGAAGUUGCUAAAAUUCAAGGCAAGCAGCGUAAAGAGAGAAUCGAGGAAGCUACAAGGCAUAAAGAAGAGCUCGAGGCAGCUAAGGCAGCAAAGCAAUCAUCAAGGCGCAGUUCUCGCAGUUCUCGCGAUUCACUUCCUUCUCCCGUCCCUUUAUUACUUCAGCCAGCGAUCUUGUCACCAAAGGAACACGCUAGAGAGUACGACGAGCCCUUGAAGGUUGAGGAGAUUCCGGGCAAUUUUUACUCUCACCAGGGACAACGUGGAGACCUUCGUCCUCGACUGCGCCAGCCGCAAGAAGCCCAAACCUACCGAGGGCAUACUCUUAAGGAAGAGAUUCGGAGAGAGGAGGACCAGGGCAAUGGAUACCGCCAAGGCCGAGCCCAAGGAUACGAGCAGAAAAGGGAGCAAGCCCUUGCUGGCGACCCUAGCGAUCCAGAUAGCUCGAACGGUGAUCCAGAAAGAGGGAAUAAAAGGGGAAACGAGUGGAAUAGGCACGGAAGAAGAGGAGGAGGACACGGUGGCCCGACAAGGGGACAAGGAAAUGAGCCGCCAAGGGACCCUGGACAAGAAAAUGAGCCGCCAAGGGACCCUGGACGAGGAUACGAACCCCCCGGCGAACCUGGGCCAAACCGACCCCUUACUGGCACCCCUUUUUCGACCCGAGUGAUAGCCAACACCUACAGCACUCCUGGAGCCCCUGACGACGACGACGAUUUUCCUGAGCUAGGAGCAGCAGACCCUCACCCAAGAGCGAAGGAAUUGGCCUUGUUUGCAAAAAGCUUUCCUAAGGAACUAAAGUAUUCGGGACCCGACGACGACUUCAAGACCCAAUUGAGUAUUUUCGCUGACCAAGCAAGUCGAUACGGUUUAACCUCCGACGACUACUUAGCGGCGUUCCCGAUUAUGCUCACGAAAGAAGCUAUAACCUUCUAUUACAAUCAUGUGAUCAAGGCUAGGCUUCCGACGUUUAAAGCAAACGCUAUUGCAAGCAUUCAAAGCUCGCUACGACCAAGUCUAAAGGACGAUAAGAGUCUCGCUGACAAGCUGUAUUCAGCUUGUAAAAACGUGCCAAAGACGAUUAUUGCACGGAUGAACCCCGCAAUUACUUCUACCGCCGCAGUUGCCGACAUUCGCAAAGCUAUUGCGUUUGCAACUGAGACCUCCCGACCUCCCGCCAAAACGAGUAGAGCUUACGCGAGCUCUAGCGAGCCACACGAUCAGCACUCUCCUCAGCACUCUCCUCAGCACUCCUCUCAGCACACCUCAAGCAAGGCUGAUUCCGACGACCUUAAGGACGAGUACGAGUGUUUUAUUCAAGGCUGCCAAUACGGAGGAGAGCACUGUGAGCACUUCGCAAGGUGA